AUCGCACACUGAACAAUGAUGCAGGAUACAGCAGCAGUUUUGGAAAAGCGCAAACCCGUUCCCCAGGAAACUGUAUUGGAAGAUCAGUCUUCUAGAGAGUUCCGCCGCUGCAUGGAGAAGAUCAAUAACUGUGAGAUCACAUCUGAUACCAUGUUACCACUGGACAAACAUGGCUUGGAGAGGACACCCAGAGCUGUCAAGAUGGGGCAAGAGGGGGUGUUUUCACAGGGACCAAUCACCUGUGUCUACCCACUCUCCUUAUCUCACGGCACACGGGCAGCCGGGCUCUUGACUGUCUCUAAGGCCACUUGCGUUCACCACGAAGCAAAAAUGACCUCCUACACUGACAAAGGAGAAAAGCCAGAGAGAGGGCGAUUUGUGAAAUUCCAUCAUGUCACCUUCUGGGUGGGAAAUGCAAAACAGGCUGCAACAUUUUACUGUGACAAAAUGGGCUUUGAGCCUCUAGCCUACAAAGGUUUGGAAACGGGGAGCAGAGAGGUGGUGUCACACGUCAUCAGACAGGAUAAGAUAAUGUUUGUGUUCCAGUCUGCGCUGAACCCUGGAAAUAAGGAAAUCGGGGAGCAUCUCGUGAAGCAUGGGGAUGGCGUGAAGGAUGUUGCUUUCCAGGUGGAAGACUGUGACUUCCUGUUGAAGAAAGCCAGAGAAAGGGGGGCGGUGGUUGUUAAGGAGCCUUGGAUUGAGCAGGACGAAUAUGGAAGAGUGAAGUUUGCUGUCAUACAAACCUAUGGAGACACAACACACACAUUUGUGGAGUACCUUGGGCCUUACAAAGGCCUGUUUCUGCCCGGGUACAAGGAGCCCACCUUCAGAGACCCCCUGCUGCCUCAGCUGCCACCAGGCUGUCUGAACUUCAUAGAUCACGUUGUGGGAAACCAGCCGGACGAUCAAAUGGUUCCCAUAUCGGACUGGUACCAGAAGUGUCUGAUGUUCCACCGUUUCUGGUCGAUAGACGACAAGCAGAUCCAUACCCAGUACAGUGCGCUGAGAUCCAUUGUGGUCACUAACUACGAGGAGACGAUAAAGAUGCCCAUUAAUGAGCCAGCGCAUGGGAAGAAGAAGUCCCAAAUUCAAGAGUAUGUAGACUACUAUGGAGGACCAGGAGUUCAACACAUCGCUCUCAACACCUCCAACAUCAUUCAGGCUAUUAUCAACCUGAAGGCCCGUGGGAUGGAGUUCCUUUAUACUCCCGACACGUACUACGACAACCUGAAAGAGAAACUGAAGACAGCUAAGAUCAAAGUGAAGGAAGACCUCAAUAAACUGCAGGUGGGAAUGUCACACGAGGACAGGCCUUAAACAACAUACAGGACU